AUUUUGUGGUAGAUUAUUUUCAUAUAAUGAUUCAUAAGAUAUUUGAUAAUAUUUUUCUUUGAUUUUAGUGUAACAUUUGAAAAAAUAAUUCAGCAUAUUCGUUACAUCAAUAUUGUUAGACAUAAGAAUGCAUUAAAUGUCGAAAGCAAAUCCGAUUUUUUAAUUCUCGAUCAACAAUCGUUUUCGCGUUCUUAGAAGGAAUCUUUGGUGAAAAGAGAAAACAUCCCCUUUUCUCGUUAAUAACUCGUGGUGCGGUCUGUUCUCGGAGGGCAUGCGCGCUCGCAGUUGCACGAGGGCUGUUGCGAUUAGGGAGGGGUUUUGCUCGAUUCCAGUGAUUCAGAAUAUACAUAUACAUUUCCAAAAGUGUUUCGUCGCAUAAUAUUCUAUAAUCGCAAUCAGUCAAUAACGCAGAAAUACGUUUGUUAUUCAUUGAAUCGCGCGCUAAAAACUAACCGCGAUGUCCUAACUUAAUAUAUGCGGGCGUACGAGUGUCAGUAUGCCUAUCAGCUGGCCCUUCGUCAUGAACGUGUUUUAGAUAUUGCCACGGAUAUUGCGUUUAUGGUAACGGAAAUAAAGUCGUUUUUUUCCAGUUGCACAAGAAGGCAUAGCAGUAAUGGAAGAGCCACAAACUCCAGGAUCUGAUUGUAACUCUAAUCCAGCGACUGAUUCCAUCCAGCAGGAUUUGGUUAGCUCGGAAUUUGUUCAGGACAAUGUUGAAUAUCAAUGGUUUAUUGAUUACGGAUAUAGAGAUGGAGGACUACAUAUCCAUCCUAGUGUUAUUUCAUCACUUUCUGUAUCCUAUUCCUCCAAGGAUUUAGGUUAUUAUGAUGAUCUUGCUCGUAAUUUGGAUGCUAAUCUGGCAGAGAUUGAUAUGGAAAGUUUUCGCACGGCGGAUAUACAUACCUUGCUUACAGCCCUACCUGUCAUGUGUACAGAACCAACUCAACAUUCUGAAUUUAGCUAUCAAAGGGAACAAUUUGCUAGUAUAUCUGGAUCCAUCAUGGAAAAGCUUGAUAUUGGUUCUUCCAUCAGUCCUCAUACUAGUAGCCAGGAAGAGGAUUCCGCGUGUUCCACCGCUGAUACAAUAUCCAUAUGCAAGUCGUCGUUGCUAUUUUCCCCAGUAAAGGAAACAUCAAUGCUACCCUCAGGUGGUAGCUACAGUGUGGAUUCUCUAGACUGUGAAGACAUGUUGCUCACUUGUCAAACAAAUAAUAAAAAUAAUUAUACUAUUGCUUUUGAAGGUAGCAUUACUAUGUAUUCGGAUGGCUCCCAAGAUUUUGAAAAUCAUGAUAAACACAAAACAUAUGAAUCAUCGGAUGUAUUCUAUGACAAACAGAAAGAUAUGAAAACUAUGCCAGACUUAUCAAUGGCAUGCUCUGAUUCAAAGAUAUACACGACAUGGAGUAAUUUGAAAUAUUCCUCCAUGAAUAAAGCAAUAACUCGUCAUCCUUCUGGCAACAAUAACAUGAUACCAGAUAUAUCACAGAAUGCUGUUAAUUUGACACUUGGUAGGAUGAGUAAACGAAGUCAAAGUUUACCGGAUUUUUCUCGUGUUCAAAAGUUUCAGCAUGCUAAUACACCUGUUAAUUUCAGUGUUGAUUCCACUGAAUCAAACAAUAUCAUGCAAAAGCUGCAUAAUUCUGGAUCUAAUUAUUUGACAAAUGCGGAAAGCUUUGACAACACAGAGAACGCUUGCACGAAAAAACUACAAAAUCUAAGUCUCGUUAGACUCUUCAUGAAACAAAAAAGCAUGAGUGUGGAAGGAAUGAGUUUUACUUUGGAUAAGUCGGAUUCCACUAACGACAACAAUGAUAAUAACAGUAGCAAUGACAGUGUAACCAAUACGAAUACUCAGAUACAACGGCUAGAUAAUGUUUGCGAUCGUCGCGUAUCUGAAAACGAUUUUUCUAUCAAUUGGAUCAGACGCGAUAUGAUUAAUAAUCGUGAUAUAGAAAACGAGAGAGAAACUUUGAACACUCGAAAAUGUCACAAAAUUGCAUCGCAAAGCAAAAAUGAUAAAGUCGAAAUGAUGUCAUCUACAUCGAUUGAAGAGUUUUCGGAGAGUAUAUCCAAAUCAGCCUGCACAAGUGGUCAACAAAGUUUUAAUAUAAUUAACGAUCCUUUUGAACAUCAACAGAAAAAUGUCUGGGUCGGUUUAACGGACAAACAACAACCCAUAUUUAGAACAACGGGAAUACAGGCGAAUGCAGAAAUGGAAGACAAUGCAAUUCAAACCUCCUUAAUUUUUACCGCGGCCAAAGAAAAAGAUGGGCCUUUUUUGCAAGAAACAAUAGUAAACAAGAAACCAGUUUAUAUUGUGUAUCCUAAUUACACAUUACCUGAUUUGUCGUUUCUCAAGAUUAAGGAUACUGAAAUCAAUAAUUUAACGUUAAAGCCGCACAUGUUUGACAAAAAUAACGUAGAAUGGAAACGUACCAUACAUUCGGGUAAACCAUUUUCAUAUAAUGAUAUUGACGCGUUACGACAACGUGGAUUUGCACAUAUAAAGGAUUGGGAAUCAUUGUCGUUUCUCUUGCCGUACGAAUACAAAAAGAUCUUGCACGAUGUACCGGAAGUAUCAAAGCAUAUUAAUAUCAACGAGGAAGUUAAACGACCUUUGUUUUGUUUGUCUCCUCCAAUGCGUCACAAAAUUGGACCUAUCAGUGAAUUUGUACCGACUAACACAUCGUCAACGAGCAGUACCGCGACGCAACCAUCUUCCGGGUAUAGAGGUUCGUCGACGAUUUUAACCGAUUCUUCGACAAAUCAACCGCCGUUAUUGAAUAACGCAGUCAAUCCGUUGUAUUUAUAUCGUUAUGAUAGUAUUAGUUCGGAAACUAGUCUGAUGAACAACGAUAAGAAGAUACAUAUACUCAAUCAAACGAGACAAGCUUGCCCGUCUCUUCCGAAGCGAUCAGUAUCGUUGUUGCAAGGCGAAAGCGAACCUGGUUUUAAUAACAGUAGAGUACCACCACGACCGCCGUUGCCUAGAAGUAUUUUACGGAAAAACAAAAUUCUUGCGAACAAACGGUAUAGUAUGUUUGAGAUGGGAGAUGUGGGCGAACAAUCGGAGGAAUUAUCCACAGAGAUAAACAAGAGAAUGUCUUUACAAGAGCCAUACUAUAUGAACAAUGAUUUGUUAUACUACGGAAGAGCGAUAGAUUCUGAGAAGGAUGUCGAUGAGACAGAAGCGGAGAGAUGUUUUAAAGAGAAAUUAAAUGAGAUUACGAAUAACACGAAUAUGGAAUCGGAAAUUUCUCAGCAUAACGACGACGAUAUCAAACAAUUAGAGGAAUAUCUAAAACACAGUGCAAUUUCGUCACAAAGCGAUGGAGAUAUCGAGAACGCGGAAGUUAAAGUAAGAUCGCAUGUAAGGAAAUUUUUAGCUUUGAAAAUGAAUAAGGAUCUGCUCAUUAGAGAUGUCGAUAUAGGAGAAUCACAGAGAAAAACCGUCAGUUUUGCCGUAAACCAAAAAAAAAAACAUCUAGAUGCGGAGCUAAACAAUUUCAAUGCCGUUAUAAAUGAUCAAAAUCAGGAUCAGGAGGUUGAGAAUAGAUUGAUGGAGUUUGAAGAGAAGAGAAAAAUGGUAUCGUCUGUAAAUAGAGCAGUAGAUCUUUUAUUAAAAUAUUGGAACGCCGACUCCAAUCACAGUCGUCCUAAUUAUAACGAAAGAAAUGAGUGUGCACAAAUCUGUUUGAGUACCUUGUGUCCAGCUUUAUAUACUAUUAUGUCAGAUGGUUUAAAACCAUAUUUGAACUCUACCUUUGGACCAAUUACUAAUAGCGUUUGGCAGAUUGUGGAAGCUAGUUCUCAACAAGGACCUCUUACAAAAACCUUGAAUGAAUUGGUACAAAAAAUUAAUGGUGAAGAUAUUAUUACAGAAGGAAUGUUAAAAUUCCAUGCAUUCGUAUUUGGCUUACUGAAUCUAAGAGCUCUAGAUGCAUGGUUCGCGUAUCUAUGUACACGUGAAUCAAUUUUACGGAAACAUUACAAUAAUAACAGUUUAUUCGUCGCGGCUUUAGCAAAUGCUAACGUCCGAGAAAUUGUCGAUUCAUUGUUAUACAUUUUGAAUCCUCUUGCAUUUUGUCCAUUCCAUUUGGAUCUUCUCUAUCAAUACCGUCAAUUACAGAAUAGCUUUGGGAAUACGAAUAGUCAUACUAUGAAUGCCAUAAGCUUUAGAAAUGCCGAUUUAACUUUGAAAGAUCUCAAGGAUGAGAAACCGGAAUUCUGUGGAAUGGUUUUCAGUCCGAAAAAGACAAGGCCGAAAUCUCGCAUUGCUUACAACAUAGAUGAUAAAUAUGUUGUGCAUAAAGACGAAUUUCAGAACUCAAAAAAACAUUUCAGCGCCUUAAAUUCGAAGAUGUUUUACACAUUAGAUAAAUUUACUUCGGAAGAUUCCGAAGAUUACACAGAUAGUCUAGAACACUCUUCACUAAACAGAAAGGCAAACAAACAGCUACAACAAUCGAAGCUAGUAAAUCCUGAUUCUAAACCGAAUGAUGAUGAUGGUCUUUCUGGCGAAACAAAAUUUAGAAAACUUCAGGAAAAAUGGGAAUUUAUGAUUGGCAAGGAAGGCAAUAAGAUUCAAUCUGCAGUAACGACUCCUUCGUCGCCAGUUAAGACUUUUGGAGUGGUAGGGAAGUCGAAGAUACCUAGGUUGCUCACAUCACCUAUAAAACAGUUAACCAUUGCGACGAAUACUACCGGAAAACCAAUGAUUAAGUCACCCAUAUCGGGAAUCCCUUCGUUAAAGAAACCCGCUAUACUUCCCACAACAAAAACGACACCGAAGAAGUCUAUAGAUACGAAAACGAAGAAUACAACGCGGCGUACCAGUCGCGUCGAUCAGGAUAUCCUAGGUGUCACGCGAACUGCACGUCCAAGUUCCUUACCCUACAAAUCACAUGGAAUAAUGUCAAAUGACAAAAAUGUAAUCUCACCUCACAGACGAGCUGCUUCGACCUCUUUACCACGUCCAGCCUUUACCGCCAUUUCGAGGACGCCAGUUCCAAAACUUUCGCAUAAAGAAGUUCGCACCCUUACUCAUAGAGUAUCGUCGGAUACCGGUCAGCUUUCGUUCGCAGAAGGGGAGAAAUUGAAAGUAAUAUUAGAAAUGGAUAAUAAAUGGUUAUUGUGCAUGAAAGGCGAUCGAAGAGGUUUGGUGCCACGAGCAUGCGUGCGCAGCGUUCAAACCUAGAUCCUCUUUCCAAUAAUACGAUUAAAAUCGUAAUCAUGGACUCCCUCAAUGCUCGUAACUGUAAUGUCAUUCUCGAAGCAAAGCAAAGACAAGCGAGUUGCGAGGGCAAGUUAAAAAGUUCAAAUUAAUUUCGGCACGAUAUGACAGUGAUGUACAGUGUAUUAAAUUUUAAACUAUACAAUUAUAUAAUAUGCAUUAUCAUGCGCUUGUAAAGUUAUUUUUAAUCGGAGUUUAAUUUUAAGAUUACCCCGUUUCUAUCGAAACGCGAUAAUAGUAUUAUUGCUAGCGAUACUAUCGAGGACAUGGAGAUAUCACUUAGUCGUACAAUUUCGCGUGACAUUAAUAUGUAUAGUUUAUAGAUCGACAUUCAUAAUUUAAAUUCACUUAUUUGAAUAUGUGCGCGAAAAUAGGAUAAGGACUCAAUGUGUCCUCGGCGAGUAAAAAGCCAAUAACAAGAUGUAUAAUAACUUACUAAUAUAUUAUGAAUGUAAC